AUGAAAACAUAAGUAGAUUAUAUUUCAAAAGAUAUAUACAUAUAAGGCUAUCCAUAAGAAGUUGGAAUCGCAAAAAACGCACUAAUAGCUUUUUUAGAAUAAAAUACUCAAAACAAACAACUUUUAUAUACUUAUGAGGAAUGUCAGAUUUGCGCAAAUACCAUUUGCAAUGGAUAUAGAUUAGUAAUUUGUGGACAUUAGUUCUGUUUUAAUUGUCUUGUUUUCAUUUUCGAUUAAAGUUUAGGUGAUGUAAAUUCCUUCCCGAUUAAAUGUCCAAGUUGUCAAGAGGAUUUAUGUAUAGAGGAUUUACUUUAGAUUAUAAACGAAGACGAGCAACGAUUAUAAAAAUUAAAAAGAAUGUCCAUUAAUAAUUAUGUAUAAAAUCAUUUCACAGAACUUCAAUUUUGUCCUAAUGAAUUGUGUAAAGCGGUACAUUCAACAAAAUUAUAAAAAUAUACAUGCUAUGAGUGUUAGAAAACCUACUGCUCAAAAUGUGCAGCGGAAUAUCAUUUCGAUAUGACAUGUACCUAGUAUUAGGAAACAGAAGCUUAGAAUAUUUAAUAUUUAAUUAAGGAAGGGGCGAGGAAAUGUACUAAUUGUGGAGUCUUUAUUAUUAGAAUUGAUGGAUGUUAUAGGGUAGAGUGUAAAAGAUGUUAAAUGCAUAUUUGUUGGAAAGAUAAUUGUAUGAAAUUCUUUAAAGAUGCAAAUAGUUGUUAUGUACAUUUAGAUGAAAAUCAUUAGGGUUAUUGGUGA